AUGUUGCUGGGCCAGUAUUAUGAUUGUAGUUUUGUAGAUGCUGGAAGAACUGAACUGCUCCAUGAAACGCAUGUCAGAACUCCAGAACUUGAAAAACUGCAGCAAGAGCAUCAAGCUUUGUUUGAGGCUGUUGGACAGAGGGCUGAUCAGGAUGUUCACAAAUAUGUGCAUUCAGUAAUAAAGGCGGUUUCUAAAAGUGCAGAACAAAUCACAGCUAGUGAUGCAGAUGUGUCAGAGGUUGUGCAGAACUUUUACCAGAAUUUUGCAAAACGUAUGGAUGCAAGUGCCAGUUACAUUGGUCUCACACAGGAGGACAAGGAAAUGCUUUUGGAUUAUUUUGAGAAAUAUCUUAUGGUUGCUGUGUAUAGACUACUGUUUUGUCCUCCUUGGACAACUGAUGAAGAAAAGGAUUUAGCAAUCCAAAACAGGAUACGGCAGCUGAGUUGGGUUAGUGCUAAACAUUUGGACUGCAGAAUUGAUGAAACAAAUUUAGAAGUUCGUGAUCUUGUGUACACUGCUAUCACAGAUAUUUUGGGAAUGGAUUCAGCAAAGGCACCACAAGAUAAGUUGGGUUGUGUGGUACGCUGUUGCCGAAAUAUUUUUUCACUCCUGCAGCAGUCUGUAGGAGGUCCAGCAUCAGCAGAUGAUUUCCUCCCAGCAUUAAUAUUCAUUGUUUUAAAGGCAAAUCCAGCAAGGCUGAAGAGCAAUAUCAACUACAUUACUCGAUUCUGUAAUGCUAGCCGUCUUAUGUCUGGUGAAGGAGGCUAUUACUUUACUAAUUUGUGUGGUGCUUUGUUUUUUAUUGAAAAUUUAACAGCUGAAUCCCUUAACAUGCCUGUUGAAGAAUUUGAUCAAUAUAUGUCUGGAGAAUUAGCACCUCCAAGUACUUGGGAGUCAGCACUCCUGAUGUGUGAGGGAAUGCAUUUAAUGUAUGAGAACUUGGCAAUGUUGGAAGAUUUAAGAACAAGGCAUGAAAGUCUUAUGAAGGGAAUAGCAGAACUUAAAGAGAAAAUAUAUAAUUCUAAGAAUGAAGUGACUGUGAAAGUUGAAGCUGUUCUGGCACGCACGCCUCUCAAAAUUCGCCCAAGGAAGACUCCAACCAAUAUUGACUCGGAUGAUCCAACAUGCCAGGCCUUGCCCCCACCAAUUACUCCACAGGUUAUUGCUCUAAAAACUGAGCUUCCAAAGAAAACCGAUGAAACACAGUGUUUAACUGAUAAGAAAUCACCAAUUCAAGAAGCAGAGUUGUUUUUAACAGAUUCUAUUCCUGCUUCUACAUCUUAUGACUACCUUUCUUCACCUUCUCCAGGGUUUGGGUUUUCUGAUGGCCUCAAUGGACUGGCAACACCAGAUGAGAUCUUUGCCGCCCAGGAGAGUUUGAGUUUUGUCCAAGGAUUAGCAUCAGUUAAUUAUGACAUUGAUAUUUCAGAUCUCAGUACAGAAAAUAGCUGUGCUGAUGAUCCUAUUUCACGCACUUCUCCUAAAGCUGAUGUGACUUUACCUAUUGAAACAAAACCUAUUGACGAAUCAGCUUCGUCACUCUUAGACAGCACUGAAUCUCCGACUGGGGGCCUACUUCCUUCUCCGAUAAAACCGGUGUUAACAGCAGAGUAUCAUGGCUUCUCCUCACAAGGACCACAAAUACCAAGCAUACCAUGUGAUACAGGAGAUACGAUGGUAGUACUUCCAGAACCACAGUCAUUAGCAGCCUCUAAUACUGCCAGAGAAGUAUUGAGUCCUGUGAGAAAUGACAGGUAUGGCUCACAUAAUUCAAGCCAGGUGACUUCUAGUAGCAGGCAGAAUUCUAGUCAAGUAGAAGAAACUUUAGUAAAGGCACUAAGUGAAGUAAUGAACACUUUUGAUAAACUCUUUUGAUAAGUUACAUGUGUUUGUGUAUAUUUUGCAUCACAAUUUCUUUCCUUAAAGUACAAAAUAUUCAGGAUAUGGUUCAGAAUUUACUUUUGAUUUUAUAAAUAAUGUACGUUUUAUAACUAGAAUCCACACAUUUGAAAGACUGCAGUUGUCAGUUGUGAACUGCUAUUUGAAAUUCGUUUUUAUUUAAAUAUGUGAUUUUAUCAAGGUAAUUAGUAGUAUUUUGUUUGUAAAAUACAAACAUUAAUUGGUGUUCCACACAAAUUGUUCAUAACAUUACUAAAAUUAUCCUGACAUUAGUUGAAUUCUUGAUUAGCGGUUGGCAAGUCUUGAUAGAAGAACAAAAAGAAACACUCUUUUCACAUUGAAAAUGUAAGUGAAGUGUUUACUUUUGUUCUUGAAAUCAUAAUGGUUAAUGAUAUGUCACUCACUGCAUAAAAAAAACUUCAGUUGUUGGGUCAGUGGAAAUCUAAGAAAAUAAACUCCACAUGUUAGACGGUUGUGAUAAGACUGAUCUGUAGUAUGCAACCAUUCCUGAAGGAUGUAUUUGCAUUGUACAGAAAAUGAAUUACUUUACAGAACUCAUUGGUCUGCUUAGAUCAGUGAAAAAUAGUUUGAGUGUUCUUUAUCCACAUUAUAGUUAGACUCUUUAUUUGAAUUUUAUCCCAUUUACAGUAUUCGUUAUUGAUAGUAGACACUCUUCAUGACAGCAUCAACAUAUGAAAUAACUCCACAAUUUUUAAUGAGGUUUCUGAUCAUUAUUAGAGACUGCACCAUAAGCAGGAUGAAUGUAUUGAGGAGUAUUUGGAGUUUGUUGUAACUGACAUCAAUAAUUUUUUUUUCAUUUCCUUCCUUCCUUUUUUAAUUCCUUGUGUUUUACGAAUAUAUAUCUAACACCAGUGGUGAUACUUCUGUAUGCAGUUACACCAAUACCAGAGUUACUAUCUUUGCAUAUUAAUUCUGUUGUACAUUUCAGCUGUAUUCAUCAUUGCUCACUUACUUUAAUAUGUAUUGAUAUAGAGACAUCUGAUGUAUAAAGACUUGUAACAAUGACAAUGUAAAAUGUUAUAUGUUUAUUUCAAACUGUGAUCAUGUUAAAUAUAUUUAAGUAAAUGCCUGAAAAUCAGUUUGCAUUAUUUGACAUCAGAAGCUUUUAUGACAUGAAAAGUCUACACAUAUCUGUCAGAAAUAGUUCAUACGCAUAACAACACAGCCAAGAUAAAAAUUAAAAAUGUCUGUUUUUGUCCGUGAGAACUAAUGUUAUAACAGUAAGAAUUGAGUAAGAAUUGCUGACUUUGGGGUGGGUUGGAUGGGGGGGGGGGGGGGGGGGGGCAGUGGAGGGAGGGAAUUAAUUUUUUUUUGGUCAAGAACAGUUGCUUGACAUAUUUCAUCAAUUAGAUGUUCCCCACACUGACGCAAUUCCUUGGUGAGUGAAAUUUGCCAUGGUGCACCAUGGCGGUGGUGGGGUUGUCCCUCAGUGCAGCGAAAUUUGCCACAGGGGCUUGCCAUAGCCAAAUGUUCACUACAGUGAAUCACAAUCGUAUGUCAUCUCUCAAAAGCCAGACUUUUCUGCUGCAUUGAAUAACAGUAUUUUUUUUCACAAAUAGUGCAAAUAAAAACUGCACUAAAAACAGAAAAAUUGAAUCCUGUAUUCUAAAAUGAAAUCAGUUUCUGUUUAUUAUGUUCAGUUUUCUUGUGACACAUUACCCCCAUCUGUGAAAAUCUUGGAAAAAUUGUGCAUUCAUCAUUCUGAUGGCACUUAAUUUCAAUAUUCUGCAUUUGGUAACUGUUAGAAAACAAUAACUUUAUGUACUAAGAAUUUUUGUAUGUGAUCCUUGGUUCAGAAAUUGUCUCCAGGUAAUGGUGGCUGUUUAGUAACAUUCUUGAUCUGUCUGGCUUAAUUGCCUUGUGCCUCUGUAUGUAAAUAGUUCAGCUAACACUAACACAGGAGCACACACCUGCACACACACUCCCCCCCCCCCCCCCCCUCUCUCUAUCUCAACAAAGCUCCCUGAGUUGGCGGUCAUAUGUGCGUAAAGUGUGAUUUGCUUGUGUGAGUGAAUGGCAUGUGUUUCUUUUUUGGAUGUAGGCUGUAACUGAAAGCUAAUAUGUAAAUGUCUUUUAAUUGUGCCUGUCUGCAACUUUCAUGUCAUCUUGACAGUAAGUAGCAAUCAAUCUUUUCCUUACAUUGUUGAUAUUCCAGCCUGGAGUUUUCUUUCUUAUAUAGAGCUAACUUUUAGACAAAAACCUAAUCAUUUUGUUAAGAAACACCACGGCUUCAUUUGGGUGCAAGGUUGGUGACCAGGAGAGGAGACAGUAUCCCAGUGUUUACUGUUACACAUUUGUUGCCAUACUGAAAGACUGGUUGAAAAAAUUAUGUCUUCUGAAUUUUGCUGUUUCCAUAAUGUGGAUAGAACCAAUGGAUCAUACAACAUAUUUUUAUUUUCAUCUCACAAAAAUAGAAUCACCUCAAAAACAAAACAUAAUUUGUGUAAUAUCCCAAUUCCCCAACUUCAAUAAGGGAUGUUUAAGAAUCGAAGUCUCUUGUGUAAAACAGCUUUAGAUGAGUUAAUGUUGUGUUAUUUGGCAUCAAGCAUGUAAGCAAGAAAAAGUUCAGAAAAGGUUUGAAAUUUUAUACACAGUUUGCUGGAAGUUGCUAUGUGGUUUCAUUCUCAAAUACUGGGUGAAUAUAGCCCAGGCAUUUAUGAAUAUCAUGAGUUACAUUGCUUCAAGAUAUAAUACUUGUCUUACUGUGUUAAUCCUGUAACCUAAAAUUACACUACUUAGUGAGUAAGCGUGUAACAUAAGAUUAUAAUCCUUAGUAGAUUUUAAAUUUUUAAAUUUUGUCAGUAAAUGAAGAAUUGACAUGGAAAAGGAUAUAAGUGCCAAAAAGUAAAUUUUUCAGGAGAAAGGAAAAAGUGUUACUGGUACUAUAUGUAAAAAAACGGUUUGUAUGUUUUGUAUGUAAAAGUGGCAUUGUUCGGUGUUUUGAAUUAUUCUCAGUAAUUAAAUUAUCAAAUAUUUAUAUAAAGCAUUGUUAUCUACAGCAGUACAGAAUUUGUAGGAAUCGAUUGCCUUGUUGAACUUGUUAUAUUUUGAGACAAAGUAAUCCAGCACGGCCAAUAAAUCUUUUUUAUUGCCAUCACCGAUUGCCAUGUUUACCGCAUAUUAUGGUCAUGUGACGUACAUAGUAAAAUCACAUGUUGUUUGCGCACUUGUGCUGUGUAAGCCGCAUUGUGUAGUGUACAGGCGACGGAUCGGCUAGCUGUGUAGUUUAUGGUGUUAACUGUGUUCGUGCAAGCUCUGCUUUCAAUGCCACAUGUCUACAGUAAUGAGGAAUGUGCAGAUAUGGUGUAUGUUUAUGGGUUCUGUGACAGUAGUGCUACCGCUGCAAGAGAAGAAUAUCACACGCGCUUUCUGACUCAAUGAUUACCUGACCGCAGUGUGUUUACCAAAGUGUUUAUCACUUUGGGUGCAACAGGCUCUCUUCCAAUAUGACAUUUUUCAUCUGAGCCUGCAUGCCAACAAACUUUGCAAGAACAGGAAGAAAUUUUCGCAAGUGUUGAGCAAAAUCCCAGUACAAGCAUACGAAGAAUGUCCCUGCAAAUGAAUGUCCCACAGACACAUGUAUGGGAAACAUUACAUGCGGAAAACCUGUAUCCAUUUCAUAUACAGCAUGUCCAAAAUCUCCACGUUGGCGACAAUGCCCAGCGACUUCAAUUCAGUCACUGGGUAAUUGAGAAUAGUCAUUUGCUGCCAUACAUACUAUUCACUGAUGAAGCCCAGUUCUCAUGACGUGGAAUAAACAACACACGCAAUAAUCAUCUAUGGUCAUGGGAAAACACACACAGUUCAGUGGAUAGCAAUUUCCAAGUUCGUUUAGCCAUAAAUGUUUGGUGCAGCAUGAUCGGCAACCUUUUGAUAGGUCCAUUUAUUAUCAGUCAGCGAUUGACAGGAGAGGUACCUGCAUUUUUUGUAACAUUCAUUUGUGGAACUAUUGGAAGACACUCCUUUAGCCAAGUGAACUGGAACGUACUUGCAACAUGGUGGUGACCCUACAUAUGUUACCUUACGUGUGAGGGACCAUCUCAACCGCACCUAUCCUAUUCGCUGGAUUGGCCAUGGUGGUGCUAUUAACUGGCCUCAAAGAUCACCUGACCUUACACCUUUAGAUUUCUGUUGUGGGGUUGGAUGAAAUCAGAGGUGCACAAAGUGAAGGUAAAUACACAAGAUGAACUGCUUCGUUGCAUCUUGGACGCUGCUGACUUGAUUAGGAACCAACCACAGGCAAUUGAACAAGAAACACAACACAUGUUAUCACUAGAGCACAAAAGUGCAUUGGCAUUCACGGUGGGAUAUUCGAACCUGUUCUGUGAACUGUACAACAUCUGUACGGUAAGUGUUAAAGCCAUUUGUAAAAGACAUGGUAUGUCUUUUUGAACUGAAUACAUGUAACAUGCAUGUUGUAAUGCAUUCUGUACUAAAUGCAAAGUAAAUAAACAUUAUGUAAAAAUGUCUAACAUAA